AUGAGUUUGGUUCAAGUUCGGCUUAAAGUUCAUGAUCUCAAAUGUUAUAUAUGUGUUCAGAUUCAAAAAAAAGUAGUUAAGUUUGUUCAAGUUGAGGAUUCAGUUGAACUUGAACCAAACCAAACUGAUCCAUCAAGCAAUUAUCCUUAA